AUGACGGACACCAGGAGCCGGGGAACUAUUUUGCCUGUUACCAACUUCAAUGCAGAAAAAGUUGCUUCCAGGUUAAGGAGAGCAAUGCGCGGAAUAGGUACAGACGAAAAAGUCAUUAUUGAUGUUCUCACAAGCCAUAGCAACGUCCAGAGACAGAUCAUAAAGAAAAAAUACAAAGUCAUGUAUGGAACGAGCUUGGAGGAAGAUAUCAAGGCGGAACUGGGCGGACAUUUUGAGGAUGUGUGCUUGGCUCUUUUAACACCAGUAGCGGAAUACAUUGUCGAGUGUCUGCAUUCUGCAUUAAAGGGAUACAGAGCGGAUGAAAACUGCAUAAUCGAAAUUUUAGUUUCUUUGGAAUAUAUGGAACUACGUUACAUUAAAGCAGUUUUUAAAGAAAAAUACAAACACGAUUUGGGUGAAUUUCUGAGCAGUGGCUUAAGAGGCGAUAUCCAGAAAUUGGUCUCCGCACUGACAGAUAAAGACAGAGAAUAUUUUGCUGAAGUAGACCACGAACUAGCUGUAAUGGAAGCUCACCACCUUUAUGACGCAGGCCUGUCGAAAAGUUGGGGAUCAGAUCAGGAUCUUUUCAUUACAGUUCUGGCAACUCGAAGCCGUGAGCAGCUGAGAGCGACCAUAGCGGCUUACGAGAAAAUCUCCGGUCAUCUAAUGGAAGAAGCCAUUAAAUCGGAAUUCGGUGGAAACAUCAAACAUGCUCUACUAGCCAUAGUGGAAUGCAUAGACAAUAGACCAGCAUUUUUCGCAAGACAACUGCACGAAGCUCUGAACGGACCUGGCACGGAUGACAAGACCAUCAUCAGAAUACUCGUUUCAAGAUCUGAAAUCGACUUGUCAGAUAUACAAGAAUGGUAUCACAUGAAGUAUGACGAGGAUUUAAAUGAAGCGAUCUACGCGGACACCAGCGGGGACUACAGGAAGAUACUGCUAAAAAUUCUCUGCCCUUGAGAUCUACUUUUUCACAAAAAUCAAAACACUAUCUCAUACACACAUCAAUCGUCAAAUGUAAAACACAAAAU